AUAUGCUCAUUUGAGGAACUAUAAAAAGUCUUAUAAAAUUAGCUAUUUUUUACCCAGAAAUUACCCAUGUUGUGUUUGAUUGCUAGAGAAUUAAGUCUGAACUUGGCAAAAUCUUUGCCCGUUUGUCCAGGAGGGGUCCUCAGCCAAUCUUUCGCAGAAGGAAAUUACAUCACGACAUAUCGGAAAAGUGGGAUGCAGGAUCACCUAUUGAAAUGCGAGGUACAGAAUGCGGGAAGCGGGAUGAGCGAUGCAAAAAAUUACUGACUAUUUCGUUACCGAACAUUGCGUAGACAUUAAAAUAAAUUACGCUGGGAUUUUUCUAAAAAGAAUACAACAGUUAGAAAUGCAUGACUUAAUUUCUUUUUUUUUUUGCUUGAUGAACUUAAUGUGAUACAAAACAAUUGACCUUUUAUAUAUCCUUUGGUGAGGUUGGGAUAUACCUUCGAUCUGAAAAAGUAGUGCUUUCCACCUAUACACUCUAAAGACAGAUUGAAAUGUUGAUAUUGCAGAAACCAGUCUAUGUGUGAGUGUUUAUUUCAUUGAGUAAGAAAAACGAAAAUCUUUGUGAAUACAAAUUGCCCUUUUUUAAUAAAAAACAGGAGUAGAAACCAGGUUUUCACAGCUUAUAGCAUAGAAGAGUAGACAUAACUCUGUCUCAUUUCCUUGUAUCUAAACCCAACUAUCCGCUCUACAAAUUACGGUCUACUGACCAAAAUGAUUAAAAAAUUAUUUGACUGAAAACAUGCACGAAUCAUGGGCAAAUACUUUGACAGGUUUGUUUGGGAUGUUGUAUGAUUACAAGCUGUUAUUUUUAUCAUUGCGAAUAUUAUUUUGCAUUGUGAAACUGGAUUCAGGAUUUUGAACGCAUUUCGAUUAUCCUACUGGACACAAUUUUGUAACUGGAUUUUGGACUUUGCUUUGGAACUGGACAAGAUUUUACACAUUUUGAAUUUUGAAUUUCUCUGGUUUUGCGGUACACAGCAAACUCAUCUACUGGAAUGCAACCAUAUAUUCCCUUGCACACCACACCUACUGUUGGAAAUGGUAUUAACAACCAGCAUAACCCAAGAUUUCCUGCUUCUUCUUUUCCAACCACAUCCUUGCUUCAAUCUACACCAUAUAAAGCAAGUAAUUUGCAACAAGCUUCAACUAAUCAAACACCACCAUUUCCAUAUGGAAUGGUUUCUCCAGUAAAUCCGAAUCUUUCUCUUGUAAAUCAGGCUCCGCCAGUUAAUAUCUUGCCAGUCACUUCAGUGUUUACACCAACUGCUUCCAACCCUUUUCCAUCAGAAACCUACCAACGACAGCCACAAAGACCUCCAAUGCAAAGACCCAUGCAGGUUGUCCCUCCGCAACCACAACAAGCAUUUCCAAAUCAACAAAAUCAAUUACCUCAACCUCAAAAGCCUGCGGAACCCUUGACUCAAAAUAUUAAUCUAGAAACAUCGCCACCCUCGCCUGAUUACAAUAUUUCUCCGUUUCCUGGUGCUACUUCCUCCACACAAACUGAUGUUGGUGCAACGCCUUUGGUUUCAACACUCCCAGUCACUGCACAUUGGUUUUAUUACAAAAACUCAACACACUGGGUUCCAUUCUCUUAUGUCGAUUCUAAUAAUUUGGAAAGGCUCUUCCAUUCAUCACAACCACUGAAAUCAGUUAGUACAAACGGUGGCAGAUAUGAUGUCGAUUUAAAUUCCUUACGGCAGACUGCAAUAUAUUGGAAUGAAGCUCCCUGUCAGGUUCGACGUUGUACAUGGUUUUAUAAGGGUGAUGCUGAAAAUAAACUGAUACCAUAUGAAAGUGAUGUCGCAGAAAAGUUGGAGAAUGAGUACAUAGCAAUGAUGAAAAAGGGAAUAUUCAACAUCAGAAUUGACAUAGUUCCAGGGAAAUUUGUUAUCUUUCAUAAUCCAAAUGUGCUAGUUCAAUAUGUUUCCAAUGUUGAGCAUGAUUGGACAGGCGAAGAUUCUAAAGUCCGGCCUAAAGUUGUUAAACGUGGUAUUACAGAAAUUCAAGAGCAGAUUGAAAGAGGCGAAUCUGCUGAGAUAGACCAUUUAGUUUUUGUGGUCCAUGGUAUUGGACCUGUUGCAGAUCUAAAAAUGAGAACAAUUGUUGAAUGUGUUGAUGAUCUACGAAGAAACAGUUUGAAUUUAACUUCAACGCAUGGUUUCCAAGUAAAAGAUCAAGCUGCGUGUCGUGUUGAAUAUCUUCCGAUUCAAUGGUACUCUUGUUUGAGAGAUGACAGAUAUGGUAUUGACAAACAGCUGAAGGCAUUGUCUCUUCCAAGUAUAAACAAGCUUCGAAACUUCACCAACGAAACUUUGACAGAUAUUUUGUUCUUUUCCAGUCCAAUAUACUGCCAGAAAAUUUGCGACACAGUAGUUGGUGAAAUGAACCGCCUCUUUAAAAUGUUUCGCUCUCGAAAUCCAUCUUACGCAGGAGCAGUUUCUGUUGUUGGGCAUAGUCUGGGUUCGUGUAUUCUCUUUGAUAUACUUGCUAAUCAGAUCGAUCAAACAACAGAGAAUAGUGAAGCAGAAACAUACGAAGAUUUUGGUGAAGUUGUUGAAAGCAUUCCGUCGAAUACAAUUCAACCGUCAUCUUCACCACCGUCGUUAAACGAUACGUCGACGAGUUUCGAUAAAAAGGAAUUGCCGUCUAUUACACAGUUAUUGACGAAGCUUAACCUGACCAACUUAGAAAGUAUGUUUACCGAAGAACAGAUUGACACUGAAACCUUGAUGAUGUGUUCAGAUGCGGAUUUAAGGGACUUGGGAAUUCCGUUUGGACCAAGGAAAAAAAUAAUUGCUCACAUCAAAGACUUUUCUUCAUCUACGGUUACGAUGUCUGCACACUCGACGACACCAGUUCAAAGUAACAGUUUUGCUUCGUGUAACGAAAGCCUUACACGUGGCACACAAACACGUGUGUCGAAAAAUGCACCUUCAUUGAGCGUCGAUAGCGUUCAAUGUACGUAUAAGAAAGGUUCAGCUGGUAUCGGUCAGCCGUUAGUCAUCUAUCCGAAACUUGAAUUUCAAACAGACGGUCUCUUCUGUUUAGGAUCUCCUCUUGGUUUAUUUCUGACGUGCAGGGGUGUCUCAUCCAUUGGUGCUAGUUACAAGUUACCUAAAUGUCCGAAAUUUCUUAACAUAUUUCAUCCGUAUGACCCAGUAGUGUACAGAUUAGAACCAUUGGUCAACAAACUUAUUGAUAUCCCUCCAGUAUUAAUACCUCAUCACAAAGGCAGAAAAAGAUUUCACUUAGAAAUAAAAGAAAAUCUAAGUAGGGUUGGUGCUAAUCUAAAAUCAGGUUUCAUUGAUGCCGUCAAUCGCACUUGGUCAUCUAUUAACGACUUCGCAAAAGCACAUCGUACAGGUGUCGAACAACAGACGGAAGAAAUUACUGGUGAAACUGCCGAGUCAUCUUCCAGCUCAGACGUAACACAAGAAUCCAUUGACAGUGAAAUAGCAAUAAAAGAAGAGGCUUUGGACUUUGGUGUGUUAAAUAAUGGACGUCGUAUCGAUUAUGUCUUACAAGAAAAACCGUUUGAAGUUUUGAAUGAAUAUUUAUUUGCUCUCAGCAGUCACACGUGUUACUGGACGUCAGAGGACACAGCUUUGCUUAUCUUGAAACAAGUGUAUGGUGAUGUGUAAACUCAAGAUGGUAGACGUGCGGUAACCAUGGAUUAGUGCUUGUGAAGUGUAGAGAUGGGAUGAUAUAAAAAAACAAUUCUUAAACCAAAAAAAUAUAUUUAUUUAUUUCGAUUUUUUAUAAAUUGCAUAAACUGAAGUAUGCGAAAUUUAUUUUUGAUGUCAUAAACACGCACAAAGCUAAUUAGCUAAUUUAGGGGAAGAAAUAAAUGCGGAAUUACUGUUUGCGAAUUAACCUCGUAAUUAAAUCUCGUUUUAAGCAAGGAAGGAGACCUACCUUUUUUUCGCCUCUUACUUUAUUUUGGGUCCUUUAAUAUUUUCCUCUAACUUUUUUAUCUCAUUUUGCACAAUUCUCGAGGUCCUAUUUGCAAACUUUAAUUCUUUUUUUUUCACAAGCAAUUUCUUUCGUAAGGUAGUCAAGUUUUAAUUUUAUUUUUUUUUUAACUUUUGUUCACAGUAGAGUGCGACAUUGUGCGUGUAUUUUUAUGUUGUGAAAAGCAGACCAACAAUGAGAUUUUAUAAAACAUAAUUUGCAUCGUUUUUAGAUGAUCUAAACAGUCUGAGCGUCGAGGCCAUCCGUGGCAGUUUUUCGGGUAGACACUAUAGAAAUCUGGUGGAUGCUAAAUUUUAGGCGCAUGAUUUUUGUAAGAAUAUUCUUUUAUUUUUAGAGUCUUUAAGCCUAGUGAUUUUAUAGAGAGGAUUCUUCCGAAAAACAAUGUAUGGAUAACCGUAGGAUAAAAUAAGUAGAAGGAGGAGAGGACAGUUAAAGCAAACUCUCCUACACUGCCAGAAAAAUUUUUUUUUUAUAUAACACUAUACAACGCUAUUUGAAUAUUCUUCCUUGCUUGAGUAUAUGACCACAUUUCUGUUCUUCCCUAAAACUGUUUAUUUUUGUUUACGUUAUUUGUUUAUUUUUUUGUUUGUUUAUUUUUUUAUUUGUUUAUUUUUUUGUUUGUUUAUUUUUUUGUUUGUUUUACCUGGUAAUAAUAUACAAGAUUUAUGUAG